AUGAAUUCGAUUGCAAAAAUCUCAGAUGAAAUUAACAAAGCAAUUCUUGCUACGCCUGUAGAAAAUUUGUCAAAAAACGAGAAAAGCCAUGCAUUUCAGGCGCAAGGUCAAGAAGACGAAUAUCACGCUCAACUGGAGGAGGAAACGCCUAUUGAAAACAUUGUAAAGUAUCCACAGUAUACCAAAACAAAACUACGAAAGGAAUCCAAUGAUGAAGAGGCUUCUGCACAGGUUCGGCAUGCCAAUAUUAUGCGAGUGAUUGCAUACUGGCUUCGUAUAUGUUUGAAGCGGACUUGUACGUUGUUUUUCCAUGCGUUAAAGACAUUGUUAAUUCAGUUUAUCAAUGAAAAUAAAAAAGUGACUUUCUUGAGCUUUCUUUGGGGCCUUUGUCGUAUCAUCUUCUUUCCUGCCUUUUAUACUAUCAGACGUCGUCAAAGAACACUUAGUAGUCGACCUAAGCGCCCAAAGAUGUAUUCAUCUUACUCAGCUCCAUCUUUUCUUCAAGGCCGUCAUCCACACUUUCGUUCCGAGUCCAACGUUCUUUCCCAUAGCACACCUCUCAUCCCUCACUUACUUCCUGACUCGAUAGCUGAAGAAGAUAUUGUUACCGUUUCUGAUCCCGCAAGUCCUCUUCCAGAAGAAUUACCAUCGAAAAUUAUCGGUCAUAACACUCAAGGUCCUGCUAAUGGUCAAAGUUCAUUAUCUUGCUUCUCUUCGUCUUCCUCCUCUUCAUCAUCUUUGCGCCGUCCCAAUGUUUCUGCGUCGUUUACUAUAGUUAACGAUCCAUAUAAGUCGCCAUCUGCAUCACAUAUGCGUAUCCGCAACAUAACUCUUUGUGCCGAUAGAAUUCCAAGGCCUUUGCUCUCUAAUAAGCUUCCAAAAAAGACUUUAGUGCUUGACUUGGACGAGACCUUGAUCCAUUCUGUUUCUCGAGGUAGUAGAACUACCUCUGGCCAGCCGGUUGAAGUACAUGUUCCUGGCGAGCAUCCAAUUUUGUACUAUAUACACAAACGGCCCCACCUAGAUUACUUUCUCGCCAAUGUCAGUGAGUGGUUUCAUUUGGUCUUGUUUACGGCUUCCGUACAACCUUAUGCGGAUCCCAUAAUCGAUUUUCUGGAGCGAGACAAAAAGCUCUUUGUUGAACGAUAUUAUCGUCAGCACUGCACGCUUGUGGAUAGCUCUUUUGUUAAAGACAUAAGUAUAUGUAAAAUUCAUUUGUCUCGUAUCAUGAUAAUCGACAACUCCCCUGCCAGCUAUAACAUUCAUAAAGAGAAUGCUAUUCCGGUGGAGGGUUGGAUUAGCGAUCCUUCCGACGUUGAUCUACUGAAUUUAUUGUCUUUCUUAUAUGCUUUGCAAUACGUUCAAGAUGUCCGUGCUCUUCUUAGGCUUCGACUUGCCAAGUAA